AUGCCUACAACAGAGAAUGAUAUGCCCUCUGAAAGCAUCCCCUUGGCUCUGCAAGGUUUGUUUUACAAGCUCCAGUACAGUGACACCAGUGUCGCAACAAAAGAGCUAACAAAAUCGUUUGGAUGGGAUACUUACGAUCCGUUCUUGCAGCAUGAUGUUCAAAAAUUAAAUAGAGUUCUUUGUGAAAAACUUGAAGACAAAAUGAAGGCAACUGUUGUUGAAGGAACUAUACAUAAAUUGUUUGAAGGGCGCCACAUGAACUAUAUCGAGUGCAUCAAUGUGUAUGCUUCAUUUUAUGAUCUUCAACUUGAUGUCAAAGGUUGUCCCGAUGUAUAUGCUUCAUUUGACAAGAAUGUUCGCAAUCUUUACACACUAUAUAGUGUUCUGGUUCACAGUGGUGGUGUGCACGGUGGACAUUACUAUGCUUUUAUCAGACCCACUCUCUCUGAUCAAUGGUACAAAUUCUAUGAUGAGAGGGUGACAAAAGAAGACCCUAAACUGGCAUCGGAGGAGCAAUAUGGUGGUGAGGAAGAGUUACCACAGACAAAUCCUGGAUUCAAUAACAGUCCUUUAAAAUUCACCAACUAUUCAAAUGCUUAUAUGCUGGUGUAUAUACGUGAAGUUAACAAGGAAAAAGUUGUAUGCAAUAUGGACGAGAAAGACAUUGUUGAGCAUUUAAGGGAGAGGUUAAAAAAAGAAUCAGGAAUCUAA